AUGCUCUCCUUCAUGCAGAAGGCGCUGCGCAACCUCCUCGUCAGCGACGACGAGGUCAUCCCCGCGCGCGGCUGCUCCCGGGCCGACGGCGUCGCGGAGCCGACGUCGCCCCCCGCGCCGCUCGUCGGCAGCCCCAGCCAACGUUCCGAGUUCAACGAUCCAGGCGGCGAACCGCUGACGAGCCCGGAGCACCAGCCUCCCUCGCCACCGCCGAGCGCGCCGGGGACAGGUACGCGCUCGAUCCUCGACGCGGGGCGGGAGGUGCUCGCCGCCAUCACCCCCGCGGGCGCGGACAGCGGCACCGUCCUCCGCGCCCUCUUCAGCGUCAAGUGCUUCGCGCGGAUGGCCGGCGCCGACCCGCAGAGCAUCGACGAGGAGGAGCCGGAUAUCGCCGCGAGGCUCAUGAUCGCGAGCCUCGCGUCGCUGCUCGAAGACCCGAUCCUCUACGAGGCGCUUUGCGGCCUCAAGCGCCCGAGCGACCUCGACGGCGUCCGGGACAUCGCCAUCGCGCUCUACUCGAGGAGCCAGUCGCGCAAGCGCGCCACACCGUCCGUCGAGUCGACACGUGACCGAGGAGGCUACGCCGCCAGCGGAGGGAGUUCGCGCGGAAUCGCCCUCUCCGACAGCGACAGCGAUGAAGAGGCGUCUCGCGGCGCGCGGCGCCUCCCACUGCUCAAGCCAGGCCAGCUCUCGAGAGCCAUUGGCCCCGAGUCCGCGCUCGCCAUCCGAGGCAAAGCCGUCACUAGGGCCGUCCGCGUCGCCGCGGCCGAGGGCAAGGCCUUCUCCGCCGACCUCGCCCCGUCGGACGCCAGGACCGACGUCCUGCGCGCGAUCCUCUCGAACGGCUGCGUCGACGCCGAGGGGCAUCGCACGAGCGCGAUGGCGAUCCCCUCGUACAUCCACGAGGCGCGCAGAGGGCUCCGAAACGAGAUCGAGGGCGCCGUCAAGGGACUGUUCCCAAGGGGCGCGGCCUUCUCCGCACCGGCCGCGGAUCUCCACCAGCUGCUCAUCGAUGCCGCAAGCUGCAGCUUCGAUCUGUCGCGGCUGCGCGACCUCGCCGGACGCUCGCUCGGCGCCAACGGCGCAGGGACCGACGAACAGCGCGAGCUCGAGCAGGCUCUCCGAAUCCUCCGCGCCGUCGCCUCGCCCGUCGCCACGCUCCUGCUCGGCAGCGAGGCGGGACGCGCAGACGCCGGCGCGCUCGCGGACUGGUGCCUGCGGUCCCUCACCGGCGGCGACCUCUCCGUCGGCGGCAUCGCCGCCAUCGUCGAGCGCGCCCUCGGGGACUACGACCAAGAGGUUGGGGAGUUCAUCCGAGGGAUUCUCCACCGCCCGCCCUCUUUCAAAGGCGCCCUCGAGGGGUGCGAGGGGCUGAUCCAACGAGCACACCUCGAGCACCUCUCCUCCAAGGCGUGCCCGCGCGACGAGGGGCCGUCCGACGGCGGCGGCUCCGACGCCGAGGACGGCUACGACCAGUCCGGCAGCCAGCCUGACGACUCCGAGUCGGGCGACUGCGACACCGACAGCGCUCGCGACGACUCCACGAGCGAGCAGACCGGAGUCCCCCGGUGCCGCUUCUUCGCUGCCGGCUAUUGCAGGCAGGGGGACCAGUGCCGCUUCGCGCACUGA